AUGGGCUGUUCAGUCUGGUUAUUUGUCACUGUAUUUCUACCGUUACUGUCCAACGGUGACGUCGGUGAUAUCCACCAUAUUCUGUGUCCCCGAGGAUGUAACUGUUACACAGAAAAAAAUACAGAUGCACAAUUUUCUUUUCUCCACUUCGUUUGUCGUUGGGAACAUUUAAAUUCCCAAGCAUUAAAUGAUGUUGCGGAAUCUGACCCGAUCUAUACAAUACGAAUACAGUGUCCACAUGGAUCAACAUUCAAAACCGAUCCACCAGACAAACUGUUCUAUCGUCUUAAAAAUUUAGAGCAUAUAACGAUUCACAGAUGUAAAAUUCAAAAUCUAAAAAAAGAAUUCUUCAAGAAACAACGUCGACUGAAUUCGCUAAAAAUCACCAGUGCCGAUCUGCCACAUUUACCGAACGAUCUUUUUGAGUAUAUACCUAAACUUCGAUACUUAGAUUUAUCGGACAAUAACCUAAAGAUUGUUCCAUACCCAAUCUCACAAUUAAACAAUCUAGAGUAUCUGAUUCUGAGCAGAAAUUGGAUUCAGUUUAUGUCAAGUGGUCUUUCGUCACUGAAACUGCUGAAGCAUCUAAUUUUGGACGGAAACAAUCUAACCAGUAUUGACUUUGGCCAAAUUCCGCAAUCUGUCGACACACUCCGGCUGCGAGCUAAUCAGCUAAAGACGUUUAUUAAUGAUGAUGUCAGCAACAGGUCGCUGAAUUUUCUUGAUUUGGCCAAAAAUAAGUUGGAAUAUCUGACAACAACAGGGACAAUAAAUAAACUACCAUCCAGUUUAAAUGUUGUCUAUUUAAAUGGAAAUAACAUUGAAAUAAUACAGGAUGGAUCGUUUGCACACAUGAAACAUUUGUCGGAAAUUGAUUUAAGAAAUAAUUUGCUCAGAGAUUUACCGCAAAGUAUAUUUAAUGAGGUGAAGCACAAAUUUAUUGUCAAAUUAACUGGUAAUCCGUUCAACUGUGUUUGCUCAUUACAAUGGAUUUUGGAUGCAGAGACUCCUGUAUAUUUUGGUGAUCUUGACCGUAUAACAUGCAAACAGUUGUUCGAUGAACAAAUGGAGAUAUCAAUCGCAAAAGCAAAACGGUAUCUGUUUGUGCUAAUACCAGUGAUACUGAUAUCUGUUUCGAUUUAUACGUUCUAUUAUCGUCUAUUUCAUAAUGUUUCGUUGAUGUCGAACAGUUUCAGAAGGGGCGAUCUCAUAUGUAACUAUGAAAUUGCAUGUCCUCAAGACUGUAAAUGUUGUCUAAAACCGACAGGUCAAAAUAUUGUUGAAUGUGAGGGGUUUCGAGAAGAUCGAGUGAGCGAACUACCUGCACUGGCAACGGAAAUUCGCUUGAAAAAUACAUCUUCGAAAGGCUGGUCAACAAAAGUGUUGGGACGACGACGUCGGCUGAAAAGCUUAAAUUUAACAAAUGCUGGUGUUUCUAAAGUUACUGAGGAUUUGAUAAAGGACAAUUUUCCAGCAUUACAACACUUGGAUCUCUCCAACAAUUUUUUAAAAACGUUUCCGGCUGCAAAACUUUAUGGAGUAGUAAAUCUGCAAACAUUAUUCAUUGAAAAUAAUCGAAUUACCAACUUAAAUAUGAGCGACUUAAAAAGAAUGGAAUUUUACAAACGUCUAAAACUAGGCGGUGAAUCAAACUUGUAUCACUGUGAUUGUGACUCACCGUCGGAUAUCCAGAUAUGGCUUCACGAUCAAGACAACAGGGGUAAAGUGUCAGACUAUGGUAACAUUUUUUGCAAGCUAAAAGAUGACCGAGUUGUUCGAAUGGCGCAAAUGAGCCCCCUACAUCCGAACACAUUCUGUCCACUUCUGACUACCCGAUCGACAACAGUAGUCUCAGGCGAUGCCGCAGAAACAGAUAGUUAUAAUCAUGAAAUUCACCGAAAUAUUUUUGGUCCAAGAACACUAAAUCAAUUUGUUACACAAAAGUCACUGCGUCAAAAUGGUAAACCAAGAAGUCAUACCGUUCCUUAUCAUCGCCAUAGUGAACUGUCGUCAACAACAAAUAAAUUUGAUGACGGAAGUAAAACUACAGUAAAACCAAAACUUGAUCUUCAACGAAGGAUUAUGAUAACCAUCACCUUAUUCUUAGCGCUUAUCCUUCUGGUAUUUCUGCUAAUAGCAAUUGGAAUUAUCGCUUAUUUCAGGUAUAAUUACGUAGGUCAUAAAUCGCCAAAGAAAACUCGUAUAAAAGCUGUAUAUAAACGUGGUACACCCGGAACAGCACUGUAA